UAUUUGGGCUGAGAGAAAGGAAGUAGCGACAGGCUAGCUGGUUAGCCGGCGUGAAGCAGUCUGUCAGGAAAGAGAAGAGCAUAUUUUAUAACCUCUGAAACUGCUGUUCUUUGUUUAAUACACGCGUUUAAAACGGGGUCGUUUUUUUUGUCUUUCAACCCGGAUUUCAAACCUUCAAUCUGAAUCCAGCUUUGUCUGUGGGGGGACUCCACUCCGCUGUUAGCCUGCUUAAAACAAGUCAUUUUUAUCCAUUAAAAAAGGAGAACUACACACUUCAAAGAAGCCACCUUUUGGUUAUCUUUUUUUAUUUUUUCGCCGGUUGGUGGAAUGCAAACAAGGAUUACUCCAGGACAAUGAGACAAACAGCCGUUCAAGGUGCUGCGUGGUGAGAGGAGGCGCUGGGCGCGGCAUGCUGAGGCCACUCCCCCUGGCCCAGGAUGAGUGUCAGAGAUGGCGCUGCCACCAUGGCAACGAACGCAGGUGGAGGAGGGGGGGGCGGCGGUCCAGCUAGCCCCAUCGACCUGGAGGACCGCUCGUACCUCCUGCAGAUCUACCCCCGACUCGCUGCUCAGACCCUGACCUGCUGCAACCUCAGAGUUCAGAAAGAUGCAACAACGGCCUCCGUGAUCUCGGACGCUGCGGCGGCUCUCGGGCUGGACCCCGGACGCUUGUAUGUGCUGGCGGAGGUGAAGGAGUGUGGGGGGGAGGAGUGGGUCCUGGAGGCCGGAGACCUGCCGGCUCAGAGGUUCCUGCUGUGGCCCCGAAAAGCCCAGGAGACGCACCCCCGCAGCCUCGGAUUCUACUUCUUACUACAGGAGAGGAACCAUGAUGGCACCAUCCACUAUGUCCACCUCCCUCCUGUGUCUAAGGAGCAGGAGGCGCAGCUCGCAGCCAGAGGCUUCCUUCCUCCUCCACAGGACGACUUCGCAGACCUGUGCAACCUCCCCGCCCUCAAUGAGGACAGCAUUAACAACCUGCGCACACGCUUUCACAAGAAGAAGAUCUACACCUAUGCAGGCAGCAUCCUCAUCGCCAUCAACCCCUUCAAGUUCCUGCCCAUCUACAACCCCAAGUACGUCAAGAUGUACGAGAACCACCAGCUGGGCAAACUGGAGCCUCAUAUCUUUGCCAUCGCGGACGUGGCUUACUACGCCAUGCUCAGGAAGAGAGUGAACCAGUGCAUCGUCAUCUCCGGGGAGAGCGGCUCCGGAAAGACCCAGAGCACCAACUUCCUGAUCCACUGUCUGACUGCGCUCAGCCAGAAGGGGUACGCCAGCGGGGUGGAGAGGACCAUCCUGGGAGCUGGACCCGUGCUGGAGGCCUUUGGGAACGCCAAGACCGCCCACAACAACAACUCCAGCCGCUUUGGAAAAUUCAUCCAGGUGAAUUACCUGGAAAGUGGAGUGGUCAGAGGUGCGGUGGUGGAGAAGUAUCUGCUGGAGAAGUCUCGCCUGGUGUCCAGAGAGAAGAACGAGAGGAACUACCACGUGUUUUACUACCUGUUGUUGGGAGCUUCAGAGGAGGAGAGGAAGGAGUUCAAGCUGCUGCCGCCUGAAGAGUACUUCUACCUCAAGCAGCAAAACUUUAAGAUCGAAGAUGAGGAGGACCUUCGGCACGACUUUGAGCGUCUGCAGCAGGCGAUGGAGAUGGUGGGCUUCCUCCCCGCCACCAAGAAGCAGAUCUUCUCCGUGCUUUCUGCCAUCUUGUAUCUGGGCAACGUGACCUACAGGAGGAAGUCGACGGGGAGAGAUGAGGGUCUGGACGUGGGACCCCCGGAGGUCCUGGCCACGCUCUCUGACCUGCUGAAGGUUGAAGAGGAGCUGCUGGUGGAGGCGCUGACGAAGAGGAAAACAGUGACGGUUAACGACAAGCUGAUCCUGCCCUACAGCCACUCUGAGGCGAUCACAGCCCGAGACUCCAUGGCCAAAUCUCUGUACAGCGCCCUGUUCGACUGGAUGGUCCUGCGCAUCAAUCACGCUCUGCUCAACAAGAAGGACAUGGAGGAAUCUGUCCCCUGUUUGUCCAUCGGCGUCCUGGACAUCUUUGGCUUCGAGGACUUUGAGACCAACAGCUUCGAGCAGUUCUGCAUCAACUAUGCCAACGAGCAGCUGCAGUAUUACUUCAACCAUCACAUCUUCAACCUGGAGCAGGAGGAGUACCAGGCGGAGGGAAUCACGUGGCACAACAUCGACUACACCGACAACGUGGGCUGCAUCCACCUGACCAGCAAGAAGCCCACCGGCCUGCUCUACUUGCUGGACGAGGAGAGCAACUUUCCCCAUGCCACAGAUGAGACGUUAUUGGCCAAAUUCAAGCAGCAGCACCAGGGGAACAAAUACUUUGUCUCCACCCCGGUCAGGGAGCCCGCUUUCGUCAUCCAACACUUUGCUGGGAAAGUCAAAUAUCAGAUCAAGGAUUUCCGUGAGAAGAACACAGACCACAUGCGUCCGGACAUCGUGGCGUUGUUGCGCAGCAGCGACCGGGCGUACGUGCGUCAGCUGAUCGGGAUGGACCCGGUGGCCAUGUUCCGAUGGGGGAUCCUCCGAGCCACCGUCAGAGGCCUCGCUGCUUUCAACGAGGCGGGGCGCAACUGGGCCGCCAAAACGUCAGGUGUUGUCCGUCCAAUCUCCAGAACUCCUUUAGGAGAGCUUCAGCGAUCCAAUGCUCCGGUGGACCGAAUGUACAAAGACAUGCAUGCAGAGAUCAUCAGCUCCAUUAAGAGCUUGCAGCUGGAUGGAGACGACCCUCGUAAGCUGCUGCAGUCCUGGGGUCGGCUCCGCUUCCCCCGACACCUCCUCCAGAAAAACAAGAACGCCAAACAGAGGCAGGUCAUCCCCAAGAGUUUGCUGGACUCUCGGUCUCUGAAGUUCAUCGUGAGCCUGACGCUGCACGACCGCACCACCAAGUCUCUGCUGCACGUUCACAAGAAGAAGAAACCCCCCAGCAUCAGCGCUCAGUUCCAGACCUCUCUGACCAAACUGUUGGAGACCCUAAACAGAGCUGAGCCUUUCUUCAUCCGCUGCAUCCGCUCCAAUGCUGAGAAGAAGGAGAUGCAUCUGGACGAGGCGUUGGUGCUGCAGCAGCUGAGAUACACAGGAAUGCUGGAAACUGUUCGCAUCAGGAGGUCAGGCUACGGAGCCAAGUACACAUUCCAGGAGUUCAUAGAGCAGUUCAGGGUUUUGCUGCCGAUGAACACGGCCGCCUCUAAAGAGCACAUCUCCGCGCUGCUGGGGGAAAAGAUGGGCCUGGACCCCACCACGUACCAGAUAGGCAAAACUAAGGUGUUUCUAAAGGAGCUGGAGCGCCAGCAGCUGCAGGACACUCUGCACAAAGACGUGAUGAGGAAGAUCAUCUUCCUCCAGCGCUGGUUCAGAGGCCGCCUGCAGAGGAAGGAGUUCCUGGACAUGAGACAGGCUGCCAUCUUGAUUCAGCGUGCGUGGCGCAGGUUCUGCAGAGAGGAGCAGCGGCGCCGCGCGGCCUCUCUGAUCCAGGCCGUGUGGAGAGGACACCGACAGAGAGCGGAGAACGAGCGCCAGAAACAGAGAGUCACCAAAAUACAAGCUCUGGUCCGAGGACACUCAGCACGCAGGAGGUGCCACUCCAUGCGUGAGGAGAAGCAGAAGAAGGAGGACGAGGAAAAAGAAGCUCAGAGGAGAGCAGAAGAGGAGGAAAGAAGAAGGAGGGAAGAAGAGGAGGAGGAGGCGAGGAGAAGAGCAGAGGAGGAGGAGGAGGAAGAGAAGAGGAGGAUGGAAGAGGAAGAAGAAGCAAUUAGGAGGAGGAAGGCAGAAGAAGAGGAAGCGAUGAGGAGAGCAGAGGAGGAGAAACAGAGAGAGGAAGAGGAGAAAAGACUGGAGGAGGAGCCUCAAACGAGGGAGGACCCCGACAUAGAGCUGGUCACAGAGGAGGAGGAGGAGGAGACCAACGGUACCUUAGCUGAGGCUGGACCCCAGCAGGAGGAAGAGGAGGAGGAGGAGGAGUCAGGACUUACUCCUGCUCCUCCAGGAGAAGGAGAGGAGCCGGACCAACAGACUGCCUUCAAACCUGCGAGUCCCGAACAAAAGAGAUCCAGAGCGCCGGCUUUAAACAGAGCCCAGACGUCCAAGAGCCAGGAGAAGAGAGAGCAGAGGAGGCGCAGAGGACUGGAGCACAACCAGAGAGAGACGGAGCGAGCCGCCUCCUCUUCCUCCUCCUCCUCCUCCUCCACCGGGAUCAGCAGCAAGGAUCAAAGCUCUCCUCCGAAGAGCAAGAGCAAGGAGCCGCCGAAGCUAAAGGAACGAGCGGACAGCAAGGAGCUGGACCAGUACACCUUCGUGGCCUGGAAGAUGAAGGAGGAGGAGAAGGGAGGGAAGAAGGAGGCCAAAGCGUCGCCUCCUCCUCCUCUGGUCCGCCCCUCCUCUUUACCCCUGCAAAUGGCCGCCGACUCCCCGCCCGACAGGAACGGUGUUGGAGACGCCGUCGGAGCGUCGAGUUUACAGCGACGUCCUGGAGGGUUCAAGGAGAAGCCGGAGAAGUGGAGGAGGAGCGAGGGGGAGAACUCUGAGGCAGCCAGUCCUCCUCCGAAAAGAGAGGAGAGGAAGAAGAAACAACUUCUGCGUGAAACAGUCUCCUCAUCAUUCGACAGUUUGUCUCCAGGAACCGAAGGAGCUGGUGCUUUUUCAGCCAGAGAGUUGAUUUCCCCCUCAGAAAGCCAGACUGACGGCUCGAAGGGAAGCUCCUUCAGACGGAAACACCAGGACAGUACAGACUCCACACACUCCUUCCCCUCAACACCAGACAAGUCCGGUGGUUUCUUCAGCAAGAUUUUGAAGAAGCGCAAAGAGGCUCAGACUCCAGACAACGGAGAGCUGACUCUGGCUCAGAUUCUCAAUGAGAGGCCAUCAGGAGGGGAAGCCCAAUCAUCCGGCCCUCCCUCCCGGCCCCUCUCCCAGCCUCAUGGAGAGCGCUCUGUUAAAGGUUUGGGCAGAAACCCCACCAUUAAGAUCAGCCGCGCCACCAGAGUCUCCGAGCAGUGGAACGCCUCGCUGGACCGAGAGAUCACCAACGCCAACGAGCUGCGGCACCUCGACGAGUUCCUGGGCAACCAGGUGAAUGAUUUCCGCUCCAGGGGGAAGUCGCUGUCAGCCACAGAAGCCAUCUUUGUUACAGCCACCAUGCAGUUCAGAGAGACCAUCAAAGCCAUGUACUCUCUCCCUAGACACACCAUCGGCUACAAAGGCCUGAUGUCGGGCUACCAGAACAAAGUGAUCCACCUGGCGGGGGAGGGGCAGAAAGGAGAGGUCCAGCUGGUGGUGAACCUCUUCCAGUCGGUGCUGGACGGAUUCAUCCGAGGAGAGAUGAAGAAGGAGGAGGCCGAGCCCACCAAGCCUGCUAAAACGAGGAAGAAGCGGAGGAAAAAAGAUAAAAGUAUGGAGAGCCCGCUGGAUCAUGUGUUCGUCAACUAUCAGGUCAACAUCAUGCAGUCAUGUGACCAGUGUUCCUCUUACAUCUGGGGCAUGGAGAAGGCCUACAUGUGCAGCUAUUGUAAAAUGGUGUGCCACAAGAAGUGCCUCUGCAAAAUCAUCAUUGACUGCUCCACCUUCUCUGCCAAAAAGAGUGACGAGGAGUGUGCCGGUCUUCACUUCGGGGUGCGAGUGGGUCGCCUGGUGAGCGAUAAGAACCCGGUGCCGAUGGUUCUGGAGACGAUGCUGGAGCACGUGGAGAUGAACGGCCUCUACACCGAGGGCAUCUACAGGAAGUCCGGCUCGGCAAACCGCAUGAAGGAGCUGCACCAGAGACUGGAGACCGACCCCCACCUGGUGAAUCUGGAGGAUUACCCCAUCCACACGGUGACAGGUUUGGUGAAGCAGUGGCUGAGGGAGCUGCCGGAUCCUCUCCUGACCUUCGUUCAUUACAACGACUUCCUGCACGCAGUGGAACUGCCAGAGAAGGAGGAGCAGCUUCACGCUGUUUACAAACUCCUGGAGGAGCUUCCUUCAGCAAACUUCAACACGUUGGAGAGACUCGUCUUCCACCUCGUCCGGGUGUGUAAAGAGGAGGCUCACAACCGCAUGUCUCCGAACUCUCUGGCUAUAGUUUUUGCUCCGUGCGUCCUGCGCUGCCCGGAUAGCGCCGACCCGCUGCUCAGCAUGAAGGACGUCGCCAAGACAACCACCUGUGUGGAGAUGAUCAUCAACGAGCAGAUCCGAUGCUACAACGAGAAGAUGGAGGAGAUCGAGCAGCUGGAGUGCGCCGAGGCUCUGGCCGUGAAUCAGCUCAAACUCAAGAGACAGAACACGCACUACUGGCACUUACCGCUCAGGUGCUCAGCUCCUCACAAAGGAGUGGUGGUGCACGAGAAGGUGACCACUGACCUCAGCGUGGUUCCUGAGAACGAGCCGGUGGACUCGGACACGGAGGCCGAAAAUAACCUGGUGGAGCGGAUCAAGUCCAUCAAGCAGGAGAAGGAGGAUCUGGCCUGCCGGCUCCCUGAGAUGGAGCAGCCCGGCUCAGAUCAGGAGAACUUUGACUCGGAGGCGUCUCUGAGCUCCGAGAGUCUCCUGGAGGAGCCGCAGCGCUCUGAGCCUGAAGGACGUGGCUCCCCCUCCCAGCAGAGGUCCCGUCCGAUGUGUCUCCCCAAACCCUCGGAGCUGUCUUUGCGCCGUAAAGUCUCUGGAGGACGCCUCUCUCUGCGGCAGCUCUCCCCUCCAAACUCCACUUCUUCCUCCUCCUCCACUUCCUCCUCCUCCUCCUCCUACAGGAACCCACUGCAGCGCCGCACCCCCAUCAUCCCCCACGGCUCCGUUAGACUCCCCCAUGGCGUCCUCCCGCAGGCCUCCAGUGUGUCUCAGCCCCCGUCUGCAGCUCAGGCGCUCCAGUUCCUGGUGCGCAGGCGGGAGCGUUCGGGUCGUCGUAAAGAAAGCACACAGUCGCUGUACUUCGAUGGGUCCGAGGGGGGCGACCUGAUGCUGCACUUCUCCUCCUGCCCCCCCUCCACCACCUCCUCCUCCAUCUCCAUCUCCACCGCAAAACCAACUCAAGACACACACGCUACAAAGAGCCAGAGACGAUUUUCUGACCCCGACAUUCCUUACAUGGACGAUGACGUGUGAUUCUAGUCUGUUGGACAGCUCAUAGAGUCCUGUUGUGAACCCGAAGUGUUGAUUACCCCAAGGUCUUAUGAUAUAAAUGUCUAGUACAGGUCGCCAGAACAUAGAAACAGCUGGAGGAUAACUUGCAUAUGUUCGGCAAUUUGCACAAUUAGCAUAAGUUUCCAUAAUUCGCAUUAAUUGGCAUAUGCAGACAAUAGUUUAAAAGAUGGCUUGGCUAAUUUGGACAAUUUCUGAGUGGAUUUGGAGGUUAUUGAGGAUGCUGAAUCAAUUUUCUGACAUUUUCAGGGUCAAAAAUUGUUUUAUUCAGAAAGUAGCCAUAUCUUGGGCUGAUUUCGAUGAGUUUUGGGCACAUUUUAAAGUUUUAGGGGACUCAAAACUGCCAUUUUGAUCCUUAUAAUGUCAGAAAUGUAUUCAACAACCUCAAAAUACCCCGAAAACCACACCAAAAUUGUCCAAAUCAGCGAAGCCAUUUUUUAGCUAUUAUCUGCAUAUGCUAAUGAAUGCAAUUUAUACUAAUUGUACAGAUUGCCCAACAUAUGCAAGUUAGCAUCUGGCAGUUUCUAUGUGCUGGGGACCCGUACUAUACGUUUUAACAAAGAACACUUGGGGUGCGCUACAUUUUCGAGUUCACAUUGCUGGCAAGUAGACUAAUUUGGGAGAAAAUGAUGGAUUUACGGGCAACAACCGCAGAAAGAAUGACAAUUAUGGAUGAAAAUGAUCCAGAAUCACAACCCUUUUCCUGUGAACAUGAGGAGAGUUGCAGUGGAUCCACAGAGUGACACAAACUGCUUCAGCCUUACUGUCCUCCAUGACGGUUAUAAACGACUGGACCACAUGUUGCCAAGCACCUUUUUCUACCGUUUUAAUAUAUUGUCCAUGAGGCUGUUUUCUGUAGCAUCAUAAUGAUGGACCAGCAAUUCUAUUUCCUUCCUCCUGUUGUUCUUUUUUAAACACAUUUGUGCUAAUUCAAGGAGAUUCUGCAGGUUCCAGCAGCACUUUCAUUUCUCCUCAUGAGCAAAACUCUCUGAAAUGUUAGCUAGUGCCUUGGUGUUGUACAGUACAAACUCAUGUCAUGUCGCAGAGGGAGGGAGGGAGGGUUUAUUGGGGAUUAAGACAGGGUACAAUUUUGUGACGCAAGACAUGUUUGAAUUAAGGACUUUAAACGUGUCUUUCCACGCACCGCACAACAAACAGGAAGUCAUCGCCUCACAAAGGGAAACGGGAGCAGCACACGCCACUUUUUCCUUUGAAAUAAAUACAACACAAACCCAGCCGUGCCACGACGUCUUCAGAGCCCCUCGAACUCACCUCGCCCACUUUUUUUUUUUUUUUUUCUACAAUGAACUUCUCUCAGCUGCGACUCAAAGCGAACAGAGCUUUGUAUGAAAUGUAAUACUAAUGUUCCUCUCUGACUGCUGUUGAAUGGUGUCUGUGUUAGUCUGUGUGGAUAAUAAGAGGAUGUGUAAUGUGUAACAGAGAGUGUGUGGUUGGGACUGAAUGACUGUAAUGGUUAUUAGUAUUAAAGUGACAAUACAGAACGUGAUGAUGCUUGUUACAUCU